AUGGCCAAAUCCAUCGAUAUCGUGAGCGACGAGCAGCCACGCCCAUUCGAAGCCGUCACCCCCGUCGGGGAGAGACGGCUCAUCCGCAAGAUUGACAUCCAUCUAAUGCCCCUCCUGACGAUAUCCUAUGCCUUCCAACUUCUCGACAAGACCAGCCUCUCGUACGCCGCCAUGCUCGGCAUCAAGACCGACCUGCAUCUAGUCGGACAGCAAUACAGCUGGACAUCGAGCAUAUUCUACAUCGGCUACCUGGUCGCGUCGUAUCCCGUAUCAAUUGGGUUCGUGAAGUUCCCACUCGCCAAGUUCCUCAGUCUGCUCAUGUACGUCUCGGUUCUCCCCCGGCAGAAGACCACAACUGACACGCGCAGCGGCGCAUGGGGUAUUGUGCUCACCCUCCAUGCCGUCGCCCACGACUACCCCAGUCUCAUGGUCGUCCGCGUAUUCCUGGGCGUAUGCGAAAGCUCGCAGACGCACGGCUUCUCCCUCAUCACGGGGAUGUGGUACACGCCGCGGGAGCAGGUAGCGCGCCACAUGGUUUGGGCUAUGGGGAAUUGUGUAGGCGAGGCUGUGGGCUCGUUGGUCUCGUAUGGACUGCUCUACUACACGGGCAAUUUUCCGCAGUGGAAGGUGGGCCAACCCUCUCUGCACUUGUCUAUAUACUCAUAUCGAUUCCUCCAGAUACUGUUCAUCCUAUUCGGUCUCUUGACAGUCCUCUGGUCCACCGUGCUAUGGUUCUUUCUCCCCGACUCCCCGGACGACGCAUACUUCCUGAACGAAAAGGAGCGCACAUUCGCAGCCCUGCGCCCCAAAAAAUCCCAACACACCACGCAAACAAAGAUCUGGAAACAAGACCAGUUCGUCGAGACGCUCCGCGACCCAAAGUCCUGGUGGUUCGCCGCCUUCAUGUUCAAUCUUAUGGUCCCCAGUGGCGGGGUCACCGCUGUAUGCUCCCCCCUCCAACCACACCACCAUGCCUAA